AUGGAGUUCUAUUUGCCUUGUGAGCUACUGCUGGAAAUCUUCUCCUAUCUGGAUGCUUUCAGUUUGCUACAGGUUUCCCAAGUGAACAAGUACUGGAGUGCAAUUGCAAGCAGUGAUAUCCUGUGGAAGAAGUUGUGUGUGAAGAGAUGGUUCUUCUGUGACAGUGUCACCCUACAGCUCCUGGGCACAGAGACAUGGAAGCAGUUCUUUCUUUACCAAACAUGGCAAGAACACACCAAGUCCCGAGCAAAGCCAGAAGAUUUCACUUACAAGGAAAUUCGGGUGGAGUCUGGAAUUUGGGGAUCUGCAUGUUAUCUCUCAGGGUGUGGCUUAACAAGACUCCGACAAGACAGAUCAGUUGCCUGUAUAGUGAGUUCUGUGACCAAGAUUUCCACCUGGGAUAUUCAUGAGGGUGUUAUGACCUGGGAAAGCCCAGAACAGCCCACCUACAUCAAGUUGUUGACAACCCUCCCUGAGAUGCAUAUUGCGGUCACUGUAGAUAUAGACCAUACUAUCAAACUGUGGGACUGUCACAACAGGGAUGCUCUGGCGACUAGCAAGCUGCUCUUUCCCUGUGAAUCACUGAACGCUGUCUUUGCAAAGGAUGGCCCGAUUGUCUUGGUGACUGAUAUCGAGGGUGGCCUCUACAGCUUUAGGGUUCCCAACUUACACCUCAUUUCCAAAGUCCAUGUAUUCCAAUUCGGUAUUGACGAACUCUACUGCUCUCCUCAGAAGAAAUGGGUCUUUCUGAAUAAGAGACAUCCACAUAUGUUGCCAAAAGUGUAUUUACUGAGCAGCUUACUGAGGACAUCAGAAUUCUCUGCCCCUGUGUCUACCAGUCUCUCCUUCUCAUUAUGCCAAAGAGCCUUCUGGACCCCAAGAAGGGAAGACAGGAUAACCCUGAUGUCCAGAUGUGGUCCCAAAAAAGUCACACAAUUUGCCACAUUUGAUAUGAAGCUGGAAGAGAUGGGUAAUCAAAUAAUUGUUAAAGGACACUUGGUAGCAAGUUUCGCAUUCCAAGGUUAUGAAGACAGCCCGGAAUGGAUGGGAGUCAGUGAUAAGAAUGUGAUUGUCUGUUCAACUGUAUCCUCUCUCUUGCUCUUUAGCAUGGAGGGCUGCCAUCUGCAGAGAUUUCAAUACGACACAGAAGAGAUCUUGAGUCUAUGGGUGGACCCUGUUCAUGUCGUUGUCACCUUUAUUGACGGCUCUUUGGAGGUGUACACAUGGGAGGAGAGAAGUCUGCUGCUCAGGAGGUGUUAUCAGCUGCCAAACAGGAGACAUUGGGCAGUGCCAUGCCUUUAUGACAAAACAUCAUGUGACGAUGUGAGCAUAAUUCGAAUGAUGAUUAAUGGUCACACCCCCAACUAUCUGAUGGCAUACACCUUGAACAUCUGUUCUUCAUGA